CGUUACAUGGAGGGAAAAAGAACUGAUCGAGAGAGAAAGACAACGAGAGAAACACAGAGAGAGAUGAGGAAGCAGUGCCAUCCAUUUUUGAGAGGAGAGAAAGGAGAGGGAAAAUACAGACAUGGGUUCUCUUCAGCAGAAAUGGAGACACUGAAUGGCAUAUGUGAGACUGUGUUGCCACCAAUUUGUAUUGGGGAAAAGGAAGGUCAACCAAGCAAGCCUGUGCAGGCCUUCUUUACAGCUUCAGGGUCUCAGACCCCUAUACCUGAUGAGAUUGCAGAGCUUAUCGUGCAGAGGGCGUUAAUAGAAAGUUUGAUCCUGGUGAGAUUGUUAUUACUGAUUCUUUCAACAAGAAUAGGGACACUUUUGCUUUGUGGGUGUCUUUGUUUAGGGGAGAAAUGGCCUUACAUCAACACUUUCUCAAGCAUGUCCUUGAGUAAGAGGGAAAAGGUAUUGCAGAAGUGGUUCAAACACAAAUUUUUCACACCCAUCAGACUUGCUUUCAUCAUCCUUAAGGUCGCCUGCCUUUAUGUGUUCUUCGCUCGGGCGGACGAAGAUGGAGAGAACCCAGCAUGGAAAGCAAUUGGCUAUGAGACAGACAAGGAUAAGAAUCCAAGCCAAGGUCCAAAUGAGAAGCCUCUUCAGGCAGGGAUAAUAGAAACUAUGCUUGAAACUGAUUCAACCCUUGUCCACAACCUUGCCCAGAAAGGACUCAAAGUUACGAAUUCAGGACACAACCUCUACAAAAUCAAUUGUGAUGUUGCCAUUGUUGGCUCCGGCUGUGGUGGAGGUGUUGCUGCGGCUGUCCUUGCAACUUCCGGCCAGAAGGUUGUUGUUAUUGAGAAAGGAAAUUAUUUCACUGCCAACGAUUAUUCUGGUCUGGAAGGCCCUUCCCGCAAACAGCUAUAUGAAUCAGGAGGAAUCCUUCCAACUGUUGAUGGGAAAGUGAUGAUAUUGGCAGGAUCAGUAGUUGGAGGAGGUUCUGCUGUUAACUGGUCUGCAUGUAUCAACACACCAAAGCCUGUACUCAAGGAAUGGGCUGAGAAUCAGAAACUUCAGCUUUUUGGAAGCUCUGAAUAUCUUGCUGCCAUGGAUACUGUCAGUAAGAGAAUUGGAGUUACAGAGAACUGCGUAGAAGAAGGAUUUCAAAAUCAAGUGCUUAGAAAGGGAUGUCAGAAACUUGGCCUUGAAAUCAAUGCAGUCCCUCGAAAUUCCUCAGAGAAACAUUACUGUGGAAGUUGUGGUUACGGUUGUCAACAAUGGGACAAGAAAGGGACCGAUUCUACAUGGCUGGUUGAUGCUGUUAAUCAUGGUGCAGUAAUCUUAACAGGAUGCAAGGCAGAGAGAUUCAUUUUGGUAGAUAACAAGAGUGGAAGUAAAAGAAAAAAGAAAUGCUUGGGAGUGAUGGCAAAAUCCUUGAACAAUAACAUUCGGAUGAAGUUGCAAAUUGAGGCCAAAGUAACAAUCUCAGCAUGCGGAGCUCUUCUUACUCCCCCUUUAUUGAUCACCAGUGGAUUGAAGAAUCCUAAUAUCGGUCGGAACCUUCAUCUCCACCCUGUUCUAAUGGCCUGGGGUUACUUUCCUGACUCAAAUUCGGAGUUCAGGGGGAAAUCCUAUGAGGGAGGAAUAAUUACAUCAGUUCACAAGGUGGUAUCAAAAGACUCUAGUUUGAGGGCCAUUAUAGAAACUCCUCAACUAGGGCCAGCAUCAUUUGCUUCAUUGUCUCCUUGGGAGUCUGGACUCGACACGAAGAACAGAAUGGUCAGGUACUCAAGAACUGCUCACAUGAUAACAGUAGUCAGGGAUCGGGGGUCUGGUAAAGUUAAGGUGGAAGGAAGGAUACGCUAUAAUUUACAUGCAUUAGACAGAGAAAAUCUCAAGGCUGGGCUCCGGCAAUCACUGAGGAUUUUGGUAGCUGCAGGGGCUGUCGAAGUGGGUACGCACCGAAGUGAUGGGCAGAGAAUCAAGUGUGAAGGGAUUAGUAAAGAAGAGCUGGAAGAAUUUUUAGACACAGUUUCCGCAGCUGAAGGGGCAAUGAAACAAGUAGAGGACUGGAUGAUCUAUACCUCUGCCCAUCAAAUGGGGAGCUGCAGGUUGGGGAUUAGUGAAAAAGAAGGUGCAGUUGAUGAGAAUGGUGAGACUUGGGAAGCAGAAGGCCUAUAUGUUUGUGAUGCUAGUGUUCUUCCCAGUGCCAUUGGUGUGAAUCCUAUGAUCACUGUCCAGUCCACUGCUUUCUGUCUCUCAAAGAGAUUAGCAGAGUCUUUAAGGGGAGAACAGUCUGGAGUUUAGUGAAUCCUGCUAAUUUUAUCCUCUCACAGAUUGUAGGUUGCAAAGAGUCAGAACUCAUAAGCUUGCCUAGAGGGUAAUUUCACACUGGCUGGGACCAGUAAAAUAUAUUAGAGGUUCACCAACUUCAUAUUGGUCUCGCUACUUGAAUGCUUUAUUGAUAACCUUUUUUCUAUUCUAAGCUUUAAUUUUAAGAUGCCCAAUUCUGAUGUUGUCUUCCA